AUGUUAACGAAUAGAGUAGGAGAGUCCUCACGAACACCAACAGAACCUGCUGCUUUCUCGCAUUAUUACCAAUGUGGUAUGUCGCUCUCUAACAACCCUAGGUCAUUACGACUUACACAGUUCCAGGAGAAACUCAACGAGGCGGUGAUGGUCAUGAAUAGAUCACUGCAGGAGAUCAACAUUGAGAACAUGAAUGUCGAGCUCGUCGCUCAGAUGUUCAAGAACUACCAGUCUAAUGUCUUGUUCCAUCUUGAGGCUACGGACAACCUGAAGCCGCCUGCAUGA